GCCAUGAAGGUCAUCGUAUUUCUAUGGAUAGCCUUGUGGUCCGCCACCUUGACAGAAGCUGGUCUCAGAAGCAAGCGGGGAGCCGGGUACCAAGGGAGCCGGCUGGACUUGGACAAGCUGCUCAUGGACGUCGACCGAGACAACAACUCCAUCGUCAUCCGCUCAGAACUCUUUCUCAACCUGGGGCGUGGUGAUAAAGACGAUAACGGAUUUAUUUCUCGCUGUGAGUGGGUCAAUGAAGCUGUCAACAUAUAUGACGACUCCAAACUUGCCGCACUGAAUUACUUCGACAUCGUCGACACCAACGGAGACAACAUGCUCACGACGUCGGAUACAGAUUUUCUCGCGCUGGACGCUGAUGGUGACAGGGAAGUCUCAGUAUCAGAACUCCGACAAGCAAUUGAACGGGAUUAUGAAUUGGCUAUGGAUUCAGCUGCGUAUAAGAAGUUUGAACAGCUUUCUCGCGUGACAGCGCCUCAAGAAGGAGACAUCAAGUCUACACUCCAGAUUGACGUCAUCAAGAAGGACGUGGAUUCCAACGAUGACGGUGACGUUACACGAACUGAACUUCAGGCUCACUACAUAUCCAGCUUUGACAAAGAUGAUGACUACAAAGUAAGCCGUUGUGAGUUUGUCAGCGGCGCCGUGUCGAGAUACGGGGACCGGAAGGAGGUUGCCAUUGUUGCUUUCGACAACCUUGACAGCACUCAGAACAACUACAUCGACAUUGACGAUAUCAAACUGUCACGAUUUGAUCAGGACGGAAGCGGUAAACUGACAACUGAUGAGUUUGAGACUGCUGUAAUACAGGCUGACUGGGUUGCGCUCAAGAAGGUGUAUCCUCAAGCUACGACCCCCGCGCCUCCUACAGGGGUCGCCGUCAACUGUUCCCCAUCAAUCCUCCUUGGCGGCUCUGUCAUCUUCUUGCUCAGACUGUGGAUAUGAGUGGGUUCUGGACUGUCUGUGUGCACAAAACACUCUUCUUAAAGUUGCAAAAACAAGUGUAAUAUCAAUGGUUUCCUAUCAUUGUGUAAAAUCAAUGUAUUAGCAUUGUCAGAACACUCUGAGGUUGUCUUGUAUUGUUCUAGAUGAUGUUUAAUCACUAUUCAAGCGUAUCGUUUCAUGUAUUAUUUAUUUGAAAUUUGACUUUGUCUCCAUAUAUUAUGUGUGUGUAUAAAAUAAGAGUUUUGGAAGAGAUAACGAUCAAUAAAAGAUAUUAGAUAACCGUAUAAUUCGUUUUCGGAAAUUGUUAUGUAAAAGUAAGUGGUGAUAGCUCAAUGAGCUCAUCUAUACGAUUUAUAAAAUGUUGGCAUGCUUCAUCAAUAUUUUCAAGUACAAUGUACAUGUAAUACAAAGUGAUAAAGAAGUGUUGACAGGU